CGGCCACAGGGCUGAUCCGUAUAUAUACCCUCGGAUAACCAAUCUCUUUAGACCCAGAAGCCUCUCCAGGAGUUCUGAAUCUCUGAAAGUUAAACGACAUGAAGUUCUUAGCAGCUAUCUGCGUGCUCGCCGUCGGCGUCAGCGCACAGGUUGGGCCUUCAGGGAUCAUCAGUCCCGACGGGGUGAACACCCAGUUCUCCCACGACUUCGCCAACGACAUCGUGCUGGUUGGACCCGCUGGCAUCGUCACAAAGUCUGGCGCCAACCGCCAGCUGACCCACGGAGAGGCCACCCUUCACGUUGCCACAGCACCUGCUCCCCUCCCCGUGGCUCAGCUGGUGUCCCAGCGUGGCGUGGUUGGCCACUCUGGCAUCGUUCGCCCUGAUGGCAACAACGUCCAGUUCACACACGAGCAGGCUAACAACAUCGUGCUGGUUGGCCCAUCUGGCAUCGUCACCAAGGACGGCUCCAACAUCCAGCUGACCGACGACCUCCACUUCGUCCAGAAGCGUGACACCUAUGGCCAUCUUGUGGGAGCCUCAGGAAUCGUCACCAGCGACGGCCAGCUGAUCCAGUUCGAACCUGGUGUAACUGUUGCCUCCGCUGGACCCUCUGGAGUCGUUCUGUCCAAUGGAAAGAACAUCCAGCUGUCCGGCAGACGUAAGCGUGACACCUAUGGCCAUCUUGUGGGAGCCUCAGGAAUCGUCACCAGUGACGGCCAGCUGAUCCAGUUCGAACCUGGUGUAACUGUUGCCUCCGCUGGACCCUCUGGAGUCGUUCUGUCCAAUGGAAAGAACAUCCAGCUGUCCGGCAGACGUAAGCGUGACACCUAUGGCCAUCUUGUGGGAGCCUCAGGAAUCGUCACCAGCGACGGCCAGCUGAUCCAGUUCGAACCUGGCGUGACUGUUGCCGCCGCUGGACCCUCUGGCGUCGUUCUGUCCAACGGAAAGAACAUCCAGCUGUCCGGCAGGCGUAAGCGCGAUCUCUCCGGCCAUCUUGUGGGAGACUCAGGAAUCAUCACCAAUGACGGUCAGGUGAUCCAGCUGGAACCUGGUGUCACGAUUGUCCAGGUUGCUCCUUCUGGUAUCAUUCUGUCCAACGGAAAGAACAUCCAGCUGACCGGCAAGCUCCACUCCGUGCAUAAGCGUGACACCUAUGGCCAUCUGGUGGGAGCCUCAGGAAUCGUCACCAGCGACGGCCAGCUGAUCCAGUUCGAACCUGGCGUGACUGUCGCCGCCGCUGGACCCUCUGGCGUCGUUCUGUCCAACGGAAAGAACAUCCAGCUUACCCUCUAAAUUAUUCUUUCCAUUCUAAUCUCAAUCAAAAAUGGAAACCAUCCAACCAUGAUCUGAUGGUGAAUUUGAUAAAUUUAUAUUUUGCCAAAUAAAGGUUUAUAAAUAAU